AUGAGGAUUCUGGUGCUGUUCUGGGUUGUUUCUCUGGUAAGACUCUGCCAUAGCCUAAAGCUGACGAGCCCCUUAAAGAAGGUGGGCAUUAGCUUCGACUUGGAGAGCCCGGACAUCAACAAGGUCUUUGCCAGCAUCUCGAGGGACGCAGGUCUGGAUGUGGUCAAACACUUGCCAAAGCCACACGUGCAAAUCACAAAAGUCAUCCGCGGGGGUAGCACAGUAUGGACCGCCAGACAGGGCGAGAGCUGCACGGCCAUAACUGUGCCUUCGCUCUACUCGGAUACGCAUGUCAGUCUGAUGUGCAGCCUCGGGAAUCUCGUCUACACGAGGCGUUACAGAAGGGCUCAUACCGGGUGGAAGCAGGUUUCGGAGGGAGACUUUGUCAAGAGCGUAAAUGACCUCAGCAAGAAGCUCAAGUUUGUGCCACAGAUGCUGGACAUUUCGCUAAUUGACCCCAAGAAAACUGAGGUCUAUGAAGACGCCGCAGAUGGAGUUCUUCACAAGUCCUACUUUCCAAAACACGGCAACUUUAACAGAGUCUCGGAUGGUCAGAACGUCGUCUGGUAUGGAGACCAAAAGGACGUUUGCACGGCGGUAUAUUCCGGGACCAAAGACGGGGUCUUGCUGGUCACAAUUCACCUGAGUGAGCAAGGCGGUACCGAACUCAAACAUUACAUGAGGAGAGAGAACGAGUGGUUUUCAGUCCCUCACGGAGACUUCAACCAGGAAAACAUGAUUAGAGCAAAGUAUUUCUAG